AUGGCAACGUACGAUUGGCUCCAACCCGCUCACCCGCGCACCCGCCGCUCCCGAUCUCCCGCUCUCCCGCUCUCCCGCUUUUCCGCUCCCCCGCUCCCGCUCUUCCACUCCCCCGCUCUUCCACUCCCCCGCUCUCCCGCUCUCCCGCACCUCCCGUCCACGCCCCUCUCCUCGCCCACUUCCCCAACCCCUCUCUCUUUUCUCUCACUUGGGGGGAGAAACACGAGACACGCUGCUGUGGGGCGGGCAGGGGGGGCUGCGCAUCACGGAUCCCUCGAUAUUCCCUGCAACCCCAUGCUCUGCCUGUCACUCACCCACCCCAUGCUUCGCCUGCCCGUCCGCAGGAUAGACGACCCGCUGCUAUGGGGCGGGCAGAGGGGCCUGCGCAUAAGAGACCCCAAGCUGUGCCGCUGGACGCUCACUGCCUCCGAGAUCUGCUUCACCGGCCUCCUUGAUUCCUACAUCUUCCGCAUCGGCAAGAGCAUUCCGGUAUCGCGAAACCAGGGAGUGUUUCAACCAGGCAUGGACGAGGCUCUCCUGCGGUUACAGCAGGGUGACUGGCUCAACAUCUUCCCAGAGGCGCGCAUCAUACAGCAGCACGGCCCCAUCCCGCGCCUCAAGUGGGGCCUCGCCAGUCUGCUCGACCGCCUCUGCCCCUCGCUGCCGCCGCCCAUCCUCCUCUGUGUGGGGCACAGCGGCCUUGAGCGGGUGAGUGGUCUGCUCGACCGCCUCUGCCCCUCGCUGCCGCCACCCAUCCUCCUCUGCGUGGGGCACAGUGGCAUCGAUCAAGCUCUGUCUGUACCCCACGUGACUCGCCAGCCUGCUGGACCAGCCCUCUGCUCCUCGCUGCCGCCGCCCUCCCUCCCCCUCUUGCCUAACAACGAACACCCGCUGAUUCCGCAGCGCAACCAGCUGAUUGAUUUUUCCUUUCUUCCUUCCGCAUUACAGAUCAUACCACUGCUUAACUAG